CGUUCAAAUAAAUUGCCGGGAGGCGGGAAACGACAAGCAUUUCAAUCAUUGCAAUUUUAUGUUAUGAAAAUGUCGAUACAAGUUGAAAAUAAUUUAAAUAAAAGUGAAAACCAACAAGUUUUCGAGCAACGCGCUCAUUAUAUACCUUGUAAAAUUGAAGAAGAUGGUCCUGCUAAUGUAAAGAAAUAUUUCGAGCCCUACGUUACGGCAAACGAAGAGGAAUUAUCUGCAACCUUCCGUGGUCACCAUUUGGAUGGUAUUAAAAUGAAAUUGCCAGAUGGUUAUAAAGCAGUUGUACUUACCGAAGCAAAACGACCACUCUCCGAAGAAGCUGAACGAAAAUUUCAGGUUGCAGGUGGAUUUAAAGAACUGUUUUACUGGAAUUGGGAUAAAAAGCCUUCUAAGAAUGAUAAUUUAGUAAGAGCUAUGGAAUGGAUUGAUAUCGCUGAAGCUAUUCACGGAGACUGAAAAUUGUGUAAAACUGGAAAUGGGCAGGAUACCUAGAUCGUGUACAAUAAGAUGAAGACUGCAAAGGAAUUUAAAUAAACUUAUCAAAGGCAAUUUUUUAAAUGCAAUGAUGUCUGUGUCUUUCUGUGU